AGUUUAACCCCAAAAGUUCGCUUGUUAACUAACUAGCUCGCUAGCUAGCCAGCCAUAUUGACCUGAUCUGUGUUUAGCUAACCAUUUUGGCAUGGUCCAUCAAUAAAUAUAGACUAUAUUGGUAUAUCAUGUCUGUCAGCAGCAAUCACAAUCUAACACUCUUAAAAACGGUUGAAAAGGGGAAUCUGUUAGCGAUGUUCACUUUGUAGGCUACAAUGGUUGGGGGGAAAAGUACAUUAGGUCUACCUACCACACUAGCUACAUGUUUAGCCAACUGUACAAAGUUUCUACCUGCGGUAGCUUGCAAAGUAGACGUCAGCUAACCGUCCCAUGGCAAAUGCUCCCUUCUGCUGCUUGACAGGCAGACCAAAAAAUAUUUGAAAUUAACCUAAACCAUGCAUACUUGUCAGGGGUGGUAACCAGAAAAGCACAGAACAUGCAAUGUAGCUCAGCCUGACUUGGAAGCAUGGGGAUGAGGCUUGUUGAAAAGCAAGGGCCUCAGAGCCAGAAGAUGGUGAUCUUCGGAGCCAUAUUCCUCCUGAUGACCCUCCUCAUCCUCUUUAGCUCCAACAGCGGCAACGACAUCAGUCCCUUCUACAGUCCCUUCCGGGCGUCCUCGCCUCAUCACCCCAUCAAGGUCACUGACCUCAAGAAAUGGGCAGGGAAGGAGGGCUAUGUGGCUGUCUAUGGAAACAAGAGUCUGACCCUGCACUGCCACCACUGUGCCCUGGUGACCAGCUCCAGCCACGUGCUGGGCAGCGGGGCCGGACCGGACAUCGACCGCGCCCAGUGUGUGAUCCGCAUGAAUGACGCCCCCCUGUCGGGGUUUGAACGUGACGUGGGGAGCCGGACCACCCUCAGGGUGGUGGCUCACUCGAGUGUGUUCAGGGUGGUUCGACGGCCAGCUGAGUUUCUCAACCUCACGGAUCAGCAGGCAAGUUCUGCAGUCAUAUUCUGGGGACCACCCACCAAGAUUGGUAGAGAGGCUAAAGGAACACUGUACCGUCUGAUCCAGAGAGUCAGCAUGACCUACAGUAACCUGUCCAGCUUUACCAUCACGCCCAGCAAGAUGCACAAGUUUGAUACACUGUUUCAGAAGGAGACAGGGCGAGACAGAGCAAAGUCUCAGUCCUGGUUGAGCACUGGCUGGUUCACAAUGGUGAUUGCGAUAGAGAAGUGUGACAAUAUUAAAGUGUACGGGAUGGUUCCGCCCAGUCACUGUGGAAAAAAGCCCCAGCCCAAGAAGAUGCCUUACCACUACUAUAAACCCAGAGGCACAGAUGAGUGUGUGACCUACCUGCAAAAUGAGAGGGGUCGGAAGGGCCCCCACCAUCGCUUCAUCACAGAGAAACAGGUGUUUGCACGCUGGGCCAAGCAGUAUAACAUCACCUUCGCUCACCCAACAUGGUGAGAUGACUGGUUCCUUCAACAAAGUUAGCCCAAGGUAUGAGAGAGGUGACGCACACAUCUGGACCAGGGUCCUGGACAGUGCACGAAUACCCUUUUCACACUACUGGACCAAACUGAGCUGAGCCUAGCUGUAUUGGCCUGGUUGGGCAUCUACCAUACAGUAGUUGCUGGAACUGUGAUGUAAAGGACAACGUGAAAAGAAAAUAUCAGAGCCAGCACGUGUAUGGUUCAGAUCGGCCCUAUUAUGUCAAUCGGGCAAUAAGUUGAAUAUAUUUUAUUAUUCUUAUAGAACUACACAUUUCUGUGUCCCCUUCUCCGAAUGGCAGCCAUUUCUGUAGCUCUGUGAUGAACCUGAGCUUAGUUUGUAAACAUUAAUAUACAUUCUGAAUGGGCUUCUUUUUUUUUUACAGUGCAAAAUCAAAAUUUUAUGGGAUUUUGUAAAUACGGUAUUUCCUGUGUUUGGCAAGGAAGUUUGAAGAGGGCAACUGCAAAAAUAUUUAUUGUAAAUAAACAAAUUAAUUGAUAUUUAAAUAUGUAUUUUUACAUGUUUAUAAUGCUUUUGUUAAAUGUCCUCAAAAGUACUCACAUAACAAGAUAAUGUCAACUUUACGAAUUGAGGGAAGAUUGUAUUAUUCAAGAAGUUUUAAAGGGGAAAUCUGCAGUAGCUACAUCAAUUUGAACUUGAGGAAUAUAAAUUAAAUGCCUCAUGAGCUUUGUUCAACUUUCUUACCCCAUCAGAACUGAAAAUAUAAACUUGUUUUACUCUAA